AUGAUAGAUAUGCGGCAGCGUGGGCGGGGCUUGAGGAAACGGCUCGCCGCAGGGUUGGCGGACUUGAGAAGGAGCGAAGAUGGCGGAGUGAGGCGUGCCGCUGCUGACUGGCCUCUGGGCCGGGGGCGGGUCGGCCCCCGGGAGGCCGAGUGCAUCUGGGGGCCGUGCGAGGCGAGCCGAGAAGGCCGGCGACGGAAGGACGAACAGGCGGUGAGGAGGUUCCUUAUCACAGGAAGAACAUUUUCCUUGACCUUUAGGUGCUUUUAUAUUCAUCUCAAAAACAAAAUGCUGAACUCAGGACUUGGAAAGUAUCUCUAAGUUGUCUCCUAGAGCGGGUAGUCCUGCUUCUUUUAUCCAGCCACUUUCUGUAUUCUUGAAAUGUGGAUAUCUCUUCUCUACACAUUACCUCCAUGAUUUGGAAUGGAAAAGACCAGGUUUUUUUGUUGUUGUUGUUCCACCUCUCAGAUUCAACACAGAGAAGCCCUUAAGAUGCGGUUAUCCUGCUUACUUCUCCAGGAAGAGAGAAGCAACUGACAUGGGUCUUCUGCUGCUGUUUGCUUAAUCAUAAAGAAAUUAUUUUACAAGCUGAAGGCUGAUGUUUCAUUUGAAACAGGUGCUUAGGUGGUGGUAUUUGUGAAUUCUUUACUUUUUGUUCCAAAUGAGAAGACUAAAUAAAUAGCAAGUAUGGAUGA